GCAUAUCGAGUUUGGGCUCACAUCACGUUCGCGCAUGUAUUUCAUGAAAUUUCACAUCUCAACUCGGUUCACCACCCUAUUCAGGCCUCGUGAACUGAAAAGGUGGGAUUGUUGCCUAAUGUCCAUGAAAGUCAAAUUCAUCAGAUGAGAUUAUCUGAACCCGAGGAAAGCUGUCAACCAGUGUUGACUGCUGCCUCUCAUGGAAGGCACGAGGAAGGGCUUAUACGUGCAGGUUGGAGUCUUGAGCAGGCUUUCCUCUCAUCGCGACUCGGUUGUGAGAGCACAUCAUAUCUACAAUUUGAAGAAGUCUAGAUUUGGAGUCUCAUCCAACAUUCAAUCUCAUGUUGCCAAUUGCAGCUCUGCUCUCUUCUUCUUCUUCUUCUCCACUCACUCUCCUUCACUAGCAAAGUCCACGGCAAAAACUACGAAACCAACUUCAACCAAAACAACCAAAUCGUCACCAACUUCAUCGACUAAGAUAUCGAAGGCUUCCACCAAGACCUCAUCAGCAAAAACUGAGCAACCAACCAUCGACACAAAACCCAACAACAUCAUGACACGCGUCCUCUGCGUGGCUGAAAAGCCCUCCAUCGCCAAAGCAGUCGCCCAACACCUCUCCGGAGGCCAAUAUCAAACCGCGAACACCUCAGACAAAUACACCAAAAACUAUUCCUUCACCUUCAACUUCGGCCCCGGCCUGGGCGACUCCAACGUAACCAUGACCGCCGUCCGCGGCCACCUUACCACCGCCGAAUUCCCCCACCUACAAAUCCUGGGGGAGCACAUCGGCUCCGAAAUCCGCGACGCCGCGCUCAAGGGGAACAGGAACAUCCAGGUCAGGCGAGCGCGGUUUUCAAACGUGGAGAGGGGGCACAUACUCAGCGCGGCGAGGAGGUUGGUGGCGUUGGAUCAGCGGCAGGUUGAUGCCGUGGCGGCGAGGAUUGAGCUGGAUUUGAGGAUCGGGUUUGCUUUCACAAGGUUCUUGACGAAUAACCUGCGGGGGCUGGGGGGUCCGAUGGGGGAGUUGAUGAUCAGUUAUGGGUCUUGUCAGUUUCCCACUCUGGGGUUUGUCGUCGAUCGGUACUUUCGGGUCAAGAAUUUUGUUCCCGAGGCGUUUUGGAGUAUCAAGCUUGUUCACGAGAGGGAGGGGAUGAAGGUGAGCUUUGGCUGGGCGCGGAAUCGACUGUUUGAUCGGGCGGCGGUGACGAUUCUGUAUGAACGCUGCCUGAGGGCGAGGGAGGCGGUGGUGAAAAAGGUUCAGGAGAAGCCCACCAAAAAGUGGAAGCCUCUCCCGCUUACGACGGUGGAAUUACAAAAAAUGGCGACGAGGUUUUUGAGGAUGACGGGUCAGCAGGCUAUGACGGUGGCGGAGAAGCUGUACAACAAGGGGUUUAUCUCUUAUCCGAGGACGGAGACGGACAGGUUUGACAAGGGGAUGAACCUGAGGGGGUUGGUCGAGAAGCAGUUUCCUGAUGGGAGGUGGGGAGCUUUCGCGAGGGAGUUGAUUGAGGGGGGGAGGUUCAACCAGCCGAGGCAGGGGAAGAACGAUGAUAAGGCUCAUCCGCCUAUCCACCCUAUCACCUACGCGGCGCCGACGGUGCUGGAUGAGCAGGAGAGAAAGGUGUAUGAGUUUGUGGUGAGGAGGUUUUUGGCUUGUUGCUCGGAUGAUGCCAAGGGGAUGGCGACGGAUGUGGAGGUGGGGUAUGGGGAGGAGAUGUUUGCUGCGCAUGGGGUUAUUGUGCUGGAGAGGAAUUAUCUGGAUGUGUACCCCUACGAAAACUGGACGGGGACGGCUAUGUUGCCCAAGUUUGAGGUGGGGGAGAGGUUUGAGCCGACCGAGGCCAUGAUGACGGAGGGGAAGACGAGCCCCCCGAGUUACUUGACCGAGGCGGAUCUGAUUGCGUUGAUGGAUGCGAAUGGGAUUGGGACGGAUGCCACGAUGGCGGAGCACAUUGAGAAGAUUCAGGAGAGGCAAUAUGUGGUUACGGUGCCGAGGGGGGGAGGGGGAGGAGCUGGUGGUGCCGAGGAAGAUAAUGAGCCUCCUCCUGCUGCUGGGCGAGGCCGUGGGAGAGGAAGGGGGAGGGGUGGACGAGCUGCUCGUGGCGGGAGAGGAGGGGCGAGAGGCGGUGGGGCUGAGGGAGGGGGGGUGAUGGUGUCAAGGAGUUUAUCCCGACCAGUCUAG